AUGGCCGCGGGCAAGGUGCCGCCUGGCACGGCGACGGUCAGCGUGUUGGCGAAGACGCUUCAGGCGGACAGCAUGGCACCCAACAGGGUGCAGAACGCCAAGGAGCUGCGCAGGAUCUACGUCCAGAUCAUGCGUUCGCCGGACGGCACGGAGCCCCUGCCUCUCACGCUGCCGAAGUGCGUCGAGUGCUCCCACUGCGGGUGGCCCGUGGACCCGCGGCAGUCGCGCGUGGCCACCCGCAAGACCUACCUGCGCGCCGGCGUCGAGCGCGGCCCGCGGGAGCCCCGUCAGGACAGGGGCGACGCGGAGGCAGACGGAGAAGGGGGAGAGGGGGACGACGCUGCGAGCGGGGACAGCCGAGACACGCAGGAGAGGCUGAUGGACCAGGUGGACACGCUGAUCGAGGAGAACGCGGAGCUGAAGCGCAGGGUCGAGGGUCUCGAGCACGAGAACCAGGAUCUCAAGACAGAGGUCGAGACGUUGAAAGAGCAGCUGGAGCAAGCAGAGGAGAAGAUCGACAUGCUCGAGACGGCGGAGCUUCGAUGGCGCCAGAAGCUCACCCAGGCCAAGGACGAAGUCGCCCGCCUCAAGCAGUCCCUCGAGCGCUCCGGCAUGGUCUCCGCCGAUCGCGAGACGGGCCUGGUCUGCACGAUCCAGGAGCUCCAGCGGCUCAGCCAGGAGUACAAGGCGUUCAGGCGACGUCGGGACUUCAUGCUCGACCGCGUCGGCGAGGACUACCUGCGCAGCGGGCAGCGGGAGGAGUUGCUGGCGCAGGUCGUCCGGCUUUGGCGCCCCGUGGCGGUGAAGUUGAGGUUCAGCCGCGAAUUGGAGGAGCUCGAGAUGCGGCGGCAGCGCGAAGUCAGUGAAUUGCAGCAGCAGCUCGGCGUUGAGUUCGUGCGUCGCCGUGCUCUCGAGGCGAACGUGGAGCGACUGGAGGGCAGACUCAAGGCGGCUGCGCAGCGGCUGCUCCAGAGGUCGCUGCAGUCCAAUGCGUUCCCGUCGGCAGAGAGCAACUGGUUCCGCGCCUGGGUGGGCCUCACGCCACUGCUUGCGAAGGAGACGGAGCUUGAGAUCUGCCAGGAGGACCUCGAGGACACGCAGAAGAAGCUGGAGGACAAGACGUCCGAGUGCCACAAGUUCGAGGACAACCUGGGACAGAUACGGUCCGAGCUCGAGGCCGAGCAGGAGCUGAGGCGGAAGGCGGACGAGGAGGUCGAGUUCCUGCAGUCGCUGGACAAGGGCAACUCGAGGGAGGCCGCGGCGGAGAAGGCCAGACUGGAGAAGGAGAAGGAGGAGAGAUGGGUCGCCCGCUUGGCCGAGGCCGAGCAGAACCUUGUGGACGCCCAGGCCAAGUGGGACGAGGAAAAAGACGAGUUCGAGUGCGAGAUCAAGGUGCUGGAGGGCAAGCUGCUCCUCGCGGAGUCGAUGGGCGGCGACGGCGGGGGCAGCGGCGGCGGGCCACAGAUCGACGAGGCGGCCUGCGUGGUGCCCCGCGGGCAGGGCGUGCUGUGCGUGGGGUGCCUCAAGCAGCUGGUGCACCGAACGGUGAAGCCGCUAUCUCCACGCUCGGCCAUGCGCGCGUCGCCCCAGAAGCUCGACGCAGCCCGGCGACGCUUCUUCGAGGAAGAGCUGAAGGGGGCGGCCAGCGGCGACGACGCUAUACACAGCUAUGUCUUCGAAGCCCGAAAGGACCCGUACACGGUCAGCAGGCUCACAUUCCUGCCCAAGACGCACACCGUGGCGCAGAUUCCCAUGGACAAGAGCCCCUCUUGCCCUGGAUUUGCGAACACGACCACAGGCGUCCAGGCGACUGCGAGAAGUCUGGCGUCCAUCGACGCGGUCCUCAAGAUGAUGAGCAAGAAUAAUACUUGUGCUGAGGACGGAAUCGUCGCGGAGAUGCUACAGGACAGCGGCGAGGUGAUGCUCGACACCAUUGCAAGCCUUAUCUGCGAUCUGUUGACUGGAAAAAGCCACGUGCCAGAGCGGUUCGGAGGCAUGUCUUUGCAAAUGAACGCAGACGAGUGCAACGUCCAGUGCGAUGGCAAGAGAGCGCCGCCGGACAAGAAGAUCGCUUUCGCAAAGGUGUCGUGCCCUGUGUGCUGCUGCGACAGAGGAUUCAAAGUCCUUGGAAUAAUGGUCACCAUGAGCGGGAAUACAAACGUGGAGUUCGAGGGCGACGCGCAGCUGCUGAAGAAGGUGGCCUCGCGCAUGGGCGACUUCGAAGCGCAGGUCUCGAGCCAACUGCAGGUCAUGUCCGCCGACAUAGAGAAGAAGAUCGCGUUCCUUGGGGCCCAGCAGCAUGGCAAGGGCGCGGCGGAGGGCGGGGCGAGCACCGAGAGUUUGGCUUUCGACCUCGACCAGGUCAAGUACGAUCUGGGGGAGCUGAAGGACAUCGUGGGCGCUACCAAAAACGACACCGCUUCGGUCAAGCGCAUCGUGCUCGCCAACGAGCGCGACAUGGAGGAUUUCACCGCCGCCAUGGACGCCGUCAACGUCGACCUCGACGAGAUGCGGGCGCGCGUGGACUCCACCCACUCCAUCAUCACCUCCCGGCAACGCGUCGAGAGCGCACUGUUCGACUUCACCUUCAUCACAGCAUACUUCCCUCCGAGAUCGCAGCGCGCCGCUACUGCCUCAAAGAACGAAGUCAUCAUCGACAAAAUGCUCAGCUAUCUGCACGACAUCGUCUCGAAUUUGCCGAACCGUACUUGCGUAUUCAUCGGCGCCGACCUGAACGACAGCCUCGCGCGCGCCAACUCGACAGAGGACGACGAUGCCACCAUGGGUGGCCAUGCAUACGGUCAGCAGCACUAUGCGGGCGAAACUUUCCGUACGUUCUUGAAAGACUACGCCCUGUGCGCGACGAACACGUACUACCCGUGCGGCCCUACUUAUCACGGCCUACGAGGGCACUCGAGCUACAUCGAUUACCUGGUGAUGCCGAUACGCUAUCUACCGCGAGUACGUCGCCAUGCCAUAGCUUACCGCCUGACCAAACGACUCCGAGCAUUUCCGUCUCAACGACUACUGGAUCACAUGAUGUUGUACAUCGAUGUGGACUGCACCCUAACAUGCGACAAACCUCAGACAACGCCGCAGUGGGACUACACACGCAUAUUCUUGGCCUGGAAAGAUGAACGAUACUCCGAAUGGGCGAAGCAGCUACGCGACGACAUUGAGUCUGACCUGUCUAACUACCUCAAUGAGAACGGCUACCGUGAUAUGGCAGACUGGGCUGCAAAACACGAUGGAGUCGGGAUGGCAAUUAUUGAUAUCGAAGAUACGCACACGACACGCUUGCUCUGCACCGCUGCAGCGCUGCCUGCAAAAAACCUCGACGCCGACUACGUGGCCUCCGAGACGAACAGCACUUUCGCGAACUACAGCAAGCUGAUGAGGCAGGACUGGAAGCAGAGGUCUGGCGAGCUUGUCGACGCCUUGCAGGCAAUGGAAAGGGCCCUGGCAAACGCUGCUACUUUGACCUCCCCGACGCCCGCCCGUCUGUUCAAACAUGGACUGAAGAUAUGGCACUUCCUGGCGCGGAAGCACGGCUACGCGCGUGCACGAUGGCGCUCAGCAGCGAUCACAGUCGGCUUAGCACUGCAGUGGCGCCCCACCAAGCAGCAGCGGAGCCGCAUCACCACGAAGCACGACAUGACGAACGCUUUCGCCUCGGUGAACCAUUCCCACCUCGACGACGCCGUGGACAAGGUAUACCUCCCCGGCGACUGUACGAUCAUGAAAGGCAGGCAUCGUCGAGCAGCAUGUGUGAUUAGCGACGGGAUUGACACUCAGGGAUACCAGAACACCGUAGGCUGCUUCAUGGGAGAUGCCGAUGCUGCGAUCAAGUUUCGCGUGGCCUUCAUGCAGCCCACCACUGAAUGGAAUGAUGCACUUACUACCGAUAUCAGCACGUCGAUGAUUGCGGGGUGCGAGUUUACAGGCACCAACGUCGACCUCAGCGUUCGCAAGUGCGCCGACGACCUCACCAAGACUCACAUGUGUCGCGAUGCACAGAUGGCGGCCUACAAAGUUCAACAAUCCGACCAGAUCCUGAAUGACAAGCUGCGCUCCAUCGGACUGCAGCAGAAUGCGGGGAAAAAGGCUCUUCUACCGACGUUUGUCGGCACUGGCGCUCACAGAUACGCGCGCGCCCUGCAUUAUCGCCAGAUACCAGUUGACGGCGAAGUUCAUUCCUCGACCCUGUUCUUAGGCUCCAUCAUGCAGGCUGACGGUCACAACCACGCCGAGGUCAAGGAACGUUGCAAGCUCACAUUGCGACGGAACACCUUCCCGAACCUCGCCCUCAUGUCGUGGAUGAGCUCACUGCCCAACGCUGGAGAGCACGCAGGCGCAGCCGCGGCAGAUGCGACACAGCCUGCUCACAAGUCCCGACGCCGCCAGCCCACCGGCCGUGGAAACCAACAGAGUGGGUCGAAGUCCAAGAUGGUGGACCUGCAGCCACUCGACCUGGAGGAGAUGGAACUGAAGGAUAUUCAGCGCAUGUUUCCCAUUGUCAUGAAGCUACUACUCAACGUUGCGAUGAGGCAACGCCAGACCGACGCCAUACUGAUCAAGACGUACCUCGUCUCACCUGGCACGAAAAGCGUCGUGGCGAUCAGAGCUCGAGUUCGCGCAUGGGUAAAAAGAGCCGAAGAGAUACGAAGUGCGGCGACGGCAACGCAGAUCGAUGCGGAGAUGGCGAAGAUCGGCACGAUCAGCACCGCAGCCUUCGCAGGUCUGCUCGAAGGUCUCCAUCAGGAAGGCGCGUCCGUCGGCGGCCUCAACCAACAGAACCUGACAGCGCUGGGCGAGAAGCUGAAGACCAUGGAUAUCAAGCAGAUCGUCGAGCUCGCCCCGCUCGUGAAGGCCGGCGACACGCGCGACGCCGCGCAGUGCAAGCUUCAGAUCAGCCUCAACCCCAAGAGCGACGUCGACCUCAGCGUGAUCCACGAAUCACUCAUCCAGACGGGAGCGAUCUACAAGCCAGGGCAGUACGCCGACUUCUACGCCAGCAGUUCAGGGCAUGGGAGUCUCACCUCAAGCAUCGAAGAGUGCACCCACCUCUACUGCAGUCGUUCAGGGCACGGACUGCCCACCUAUUGCACCUACGAGUGCGCCCUCAGCAGUGGUUCGGGGCAUGGGAAGCCCACGUCGAUCACCUACGAGGGUUACCCCUUCGAGUACCCGUACUGA